CAUUAAACGAGUUCAGACGUACAAAUUUUGUGCUCUGUAAGAAAUAUUUCGUGAUCCGCAAAUAUACAGCAAAUUAAACAAAUAAAGGUGUAAAGGAAUUUUAAAUUAUAAAUAAACAUUUCGCAAAAAAAAAAUAAACAUUCUUGGAUAUAACAAGUGUGGUGGACAAAGAAGUAUUGAUAGCUUCUGACAAGACAAUAUUUGUGAUAAAAAUCAGAAUCGCCAUGCAAUCAAAUUUCUUUCAACGAUCUCAAAGUAAAGUGUGGUUUGGAUCACAGCAGAAUUCAGUAUACGAUAAUUUCUAUUCGUUACCUACUUAUUAUGGCAACAAUAAUGCAAAAAAUCCGCUUCAAUCAAUCACAGAGGAAUCAUUUUCGUCACCGAAAAACGAGUCAAUUGAUGAGCGUAAACGAAGCUUCCUUAUUUGGGGAAAUCGACACAGUCCUUCCAGUCAGAGUCACAAAAGUCAGGAUUCAGGAUUUUCUGACACAGACACAUCACCAACAAAUAACAACAAUAAUAGCAAUAAUAACCAGCAUAAUGUAUCAAAGAACACUUCAGACAGCAACCAAUCAAAUCAAAGUUCACCAUCUGCAAGCAGUAGAAUUGCAACCCCUCCGACAGUAAUCAGACGACCAGAAAAAAAUCACAUUUAUGAAGAGAUCACUACAGCAAGACGAAUUUCGUUCAGUUCACCGUCAUCGCCUGUAAUGAGCGAUAAUAUUGAACUUCAAUCACAAAUCAAUGAUAUCAAUUUCAAUACAACAUCACUCAUGAAUACAAUCAAUGACUCUACUAGGUCAUCAUGUCGAUCGUGUAAAUUAAAGCGUAGCCGAGUGAUAACAAGAAAUUCAACACGCACAAGACCGAAUAGCUCAUUGAAUGAUACUGUCGAUAGUAAUAACAAUUAUUCGGAAAUAGAUGAUCAGAAUCGAUAUAAUAAUGAGACUGUAUAUUUUGGAUGUGGUAGUGAAAAUAGUGUAAUGGAAGAAAAGUCACUGCUAUAUUCCCCUAGUUCGUCAGCAAAGAUUGAAAUGUUUCCCACAGAAACAUCAACCCCAGUAAAGUCACAACAAAGUAGGAAUAACGGAAUUUUAAGACAACUUUCUGAGUUAUUACCACAACCAGUAGUUUAUAAGAAUCUCUUGCUUAAUGGAAAUUUAGAAUCUGUACAAUCGUGGAUUGAUAGUCUUAAAUAUUCAUUUUCAUCUGAAGUCAUGUCAACACUUCAAUCAAAAUCAAUUGAAACAGAGAAUAUCGUAUUGACACCAACAUAUGCUUAUAAAUUAAUUAAAAGUCUUCAAAUCAAGUCGUUCAUGCUUCAACAGGAAUUCGAAAAGGUUGAAAAAUGUCCGAAUCGAAAUGACUUUUUGCCAGCAAUUCAACAUUUAGCCGACUUAUUGAUUGAAUUUAUUGCAAAGCAGGAAUCAAGACGAAUGUAUUUUGCACAUCAGCCAAAGCAAUUUAAGAAAUUGUCAGAGAAUUUGCAAAGUUUAAGAGAAAUGCUGAAAGAUUUGAAGAAUAUAUGCUCAAAAAUUGACGCUGACGACCUCGAUGAAUUUCCAAUUUAUGAUGAUAUGCAGUUGAUUAAGCGAUAUUUCUUAAUCACGAUUAAAAUAUUAUUUAAAGUUCUUGUCUAUGCCAUUAUUGAAAAUAUUGAGCACGCAAAUAAUGAAAUUAUGUUACGAUCAAAUAUCACCCACAUAGCAAAUUUAAUAUCAAGUAAUUAUGAAUAUGAAGGAACAUUUUCAUCGUUGAACGAUGCUUUUGUUACAAACAGUUUGGUUCGAGUACUUCUUCUAGUCUGCUUAGAAAAUAAAAAUUCGUGGAUAAGAGCUCUUUCACUAAGGACAUUGUCCCUCGCGUGUACCACAGAAGAGACAAUUCAACAAUUUGAAUUAAACAGUGGCUUUGAAAUUCUACGUGAUAUCAUCAUUGAUAGACGACUAGUAACAAAUGAUCACUUGGAACAAGAAGUGAGAGAAUCUAUAAGCUUAUUAGCAUCAAUCACAGCGCCUUGGCAAGCAUCAGAUUAUUGUAAUAAUUUUAAAGAGCUUGUCGAGUAUGCUGAUGACUACAUUGAAGGAAUUAGCCAUUUACUAGAAAUGACUAAAAAUCCACAAACGCUACUUAUAUGUGUUGCAGUCCUAAACAAUUUAUCUCGUCUUGUGUCUUCAUCAACUUAUUCUUUAGUCUCACAUCAAACACUUUCAAUCUUGACGAAAGUCUUUGAACAGAAAAUUAGUGGCGAAUAUACAGUAUUCUUUGUGGAACAAACGACUUCUGUAAUUUUUAAUAUGAGUCAGAAUAGAAAAAGUCACUAUCAUCUAACCAGCAAGAAUAUCUUGAAUUUUAUUUUUGACAUCUUUCUUACCAUUCAUCACCUUGACUGUUGUGAUUCAUCUCAGUCAAAAGCGAAGCGUAGAAGCAUUAAACAUAUUCUUAAUACCUUAAAACAGCUAGAAUUGACAUCAUCGAGUCAUGAAUUAACUGAAUUUAUUCGUUCGAUAAUCACAAAAAUUCACAGAAGGCUAUUCGAGAUGGAUUUUGAUGAGUCGACAGAUGCAUAUGAAGUCAGUAGAACUAGUAAAAAUGUUACAAAGAUUAGUAUUUAUUCACAAGAGACAUUCUUGUAAAAUUCUUUUUUAUUAGACUUAGUGCCACCAAUCUAGUUUAUUAUGCUUAAUUAUUGAAUUAUAGUUACUAUUAAAAUAAAUUAUAUGCCUAUUCGUACCGAA